AUGGAGAUCUUGAUCGAAGAUCUUCCGUUCACUGCAACCAGAUGGGAGGUCAAGCAUGCGUUUGGUGAAAUCCUCCACAAUCCUCCAUUUUACGAUCCGUGUUCGUCAAAUCGACCCGAAAACAUCCACGUGUACCUCGAGGAAAGCACGAACUGCCUCCCCAACAACGGGAAAGGGAGUGUCAUCCUUUCAAAUCGUGCCCUCGGGCAAGAUUUCUUCAGAUGGGCGACGAAGCGAGGCAGUCCUGGCGUUUGUGUAGGUGGGCGGCGUCUGUUUCUCAAGAUGAAAGGGGGCAGCCUCUCGAAGUCGAACAAGGCAAAAGUACGAGAGCUGCUCAAAACGCCGUACGUGCAGCCGCUAGACGAGCAAAAUCGACUGCAGAGGCUGGACGAGAUCUCUGCCGUAGUCGUCAAGCUCGACACCAUCCAGUUUGGCGUAUACUUCCGCAGAGACGGCGAUCCUAACACCGCCAAUCGGACCUUUUCCGCUGAGCACGAGAUCAGCCGGGAAGAUACCGUCUCCGGGGAACUGAUAUACAAUUACAACAGGAAGGAGUUUAUUGUCGAAAGUGGUAAUCCUGUGACAGACGACAACACCGAUCUCAUCAUCAUCGAAAUUCGCAACAUCAAGAAGACUGCGUAUGGUAAGGAUGAUAACGGACAAUAUUACGUUUGUAUGGAACUUUGGCAUCCCCCUCGGUUCGAACAACAGACCCAAUUCCGCGCCUAUACCAAUGACAGAAAGAAGGACAAGAAGCAUUUCCGUCAACGGCUUCCACACCUUGGCGGUCUGCACGAGUUUGUCACUCCUUAUGCAUACCAACUUCGACUUUUACUCCUCGCACCGCAGUCCCACGACGAACGCCACGAUGAACUCAAAAAGCUCAAGCUUCUCUGCGAAGCGGCCGAACUCGCACCACACCGCAGCCAGAUCGAGGUCGAACAACGCGACUUCUUCCACCCCGACCGGCUCGCGACCGCGCGCGAGUGGAUGAGCCGUUUCGCAUGGCCGAUCCGCUUCCAGCUGGAGGCACUCCUCUCCAACAGCCUCGUCACCACUCGCGACCUGUACCACCUCAGCGUGCACAUCGAGGACCUCGUCAACAAGCGGCCCGCACUCGCUGUCGACUUCCUCCGCCGGCUGUCCACGCGCUUGCUCACGCGCGGGAGCUCAGAGACAGUGGUCGACUGCUUCCGCGUCGCGCUCGAGACCGAGGCCGCAGACUCGGCAGCACUCAGCGACGGCGACAAGGGGCCCGACUUCCUCGGGUCCGUCAAGAGCGCACACGCCGUCGUCACACCCUCACGGGUUCUCCUCGCGGGUCCCUACGACACACAGUCGAACCGCAUCGUGCGCCGAUACUACGAGUACAGGGAGUACUUCAUCCGGGUUGAGUUCAGAGAAGAAAACAAGAUGACCCUCAGGUGGCCGAAGGAGGUAAAUGCUGCGUCGCUCAUCGAAGGACGGUUCGGCGACAUCCUCAAGAACGGUUUGGACGUCGCUGGGCGGCGCUUUUACUUCCUCGGGUGGUCCAUGUCGGGUCUCGGCGAGCACACGACGUGGUUCAUGGCCGAGUUCGACCACCCAACCGAGGGGCGCGUCACUGCCGAGAGGAUCCGCCAGGGCCUCGGCGACUUCACGAAGUGCCAGAAAAUCCCUUCAAAGUACGCCGCUCGUCUCGCGCAAGCGUUCAGCAGUACAAGUCCCUCCGUUCGGAUUCGGUACGAUCAAGUCGAGGAGAUCCCGGAUCUGGGCGAGAAGUACAAGCACACGGACGGCCAGGGCACCAUCUCAUCCGCGCUGGCCGACUUGAUUUGGGGGGCUAUGGUCGAAGAGCGCCCUGCUCGAGGGAAAUUGCUGCUGAAACCAUCUGCGGUAGGCUACAAGGGCAUGGUAGUCGUCGACGAUACUUUGGAAGGUGUUGCGAUGCGCCUGAGGCCAUCCAUGUGCAAGUAUGAGGUAACGAAUUACGAGGAAGCCGAGAUUGAGAUUGCCAAACCGUUCAUCAAGCCCGGGACUGCCAGGCUGUGUCGCCCACUGGUCGCUGUGCUAGAAGACCUCGGUGUGGAGAAGCAGGCCUUCCUCGAUGUGCAGAACCACGCGAUGAAGGACGUAGUGGAAGCCCAGGACACGCUCUUCAACGUUGCGAAGAAGUUGAUCCAGAGGUACGGCCUGGGCGAUGCAUUUGGGCUGCGCUGGACGCUCGAGCAUCUCGCUCGCUCUGGCGUGGUCAUGCGGGGCAACGAUCCGGUCGGCCGGUUCCUCCUGGACAGCGAUUUCAUCAGGGGUAUCGUCAAGUACGCGCAGACGUAUGCCCUGCGCGAGUUCAAGUACGAGACGCGUAUCCCGCUAGACGAAGCUUAUCAGCUCGUUGGUGUCGUCGACGAAGGGCCAGCGUGGGUCGCGGCGGGGCGCGAGAAUGUCUACUGCCUGGCCGAUGGAGAGAUAUUUGCUUGUGUGCAGUACCCAGAUAAGGAAGAAAUGCAUUAUCUCAAAGGCAAUGUCUCUAUCUCGCGGUCUCCGCACAUCCACCCCGGGGACGUCCAGCUAGUUCGAGCGAUUGGGAAGCCGCCUGCAGACAAGGAGUGUUUCUUCCGGAACAUCAAGAACGUCGUAGUCAUGCCCUCCACAGGAGAACGCUCCUUGGCGUCCUGUCUGGCUGGCGGGGAUGUCGACGGAGACGAGUUCUUAAUCAUCCGGGAUCCUACCCUCCUUCCCAAAAUCAUGUCGCAGCCGAACGACUACGAAGCCGCCAAGCCAAAGCUUCUUGAUCACCCCAGUACUGUGGACGACAUAUGUGAUUUUUUCAUGAAGUACAUGCAGUUCGACGUGGUGGGUCUGGUGGCCUCGCAGCAUCUGAAGAUUGCCGUACAGACAUGGGGCUCAUCGUCUACUCAACAGGAUGGCGUGUUUGACGAACGUUGCAUGAAACUCGUGGAUCUCUGCAGCCAAGCUGUUGAUUAUCCCAAGCAAGGCGUUCACGUCGAAACCGAUGCGAUGCCACAGCCUUAUACAAAGAUCAAGCCGGACUGGAGCCAGACUCAAGACGAGACCGGCCGCCCAGGGGACUUCUACGAGUCCUCGCGCGCGCUCGGCGUGCUCUUCCGCUCGAUCAAGAUCAAGGACCUCCACGCGUCCGCGCCGCCGCCCAGGUCGCACACCGAGCCCCUCCUCCCGCACCCGUCGUACGAGAAGACGAAGCCGCUGGGCGACAACGUGUCGCGCGCGCUCCGGCCGGCGCUGAUCCCGCACCUGCAGCACCGCGCGGAGCGGCACGACGCGGACGAGCUCGCGGCGCUGGAGCCGCUCUUCCGGCACUACGCGCGGGAGCUCGCGUACGUCUGCCUCGCGCACGCGCCCGGGGAAGGCGCAGACGCGCGGCUGUCGGAGGAGGAGGUCGUGCUCGGGGUGAUCCUGGGGCGGUGCCCGGACCCGCGCUGGCGCAAGAGCCGGGCGUACCGGAUGCGGGAGCACGCGGGGCAGCUGGUGCGGGACGUGCGGCAGCGGGCGCGGGGGCUUGCCGCGCCGCGGUUCGUGCGCGGGAAGGGCAAGGGCGGCGAGGUGGAGGAGGGCCCGACGCGGGAGGAGGUGGUCACGGCGCUCAGGCGGGGGUGGGCGGCUUGGGACUUCGGGCUUAGGUACAGGGAGACGUUUGGGGCGCGGAGCUUCGGGCUGAUCGGGCUGGGGGUGGUGUGCGAGAUGGUGGAGGGGCUGGAGAGGAUGGACGGGAAGGAGGCGGGGGUGUCGCGCGAGGACGAGGAGGUGGCGGCGGCGGACGAGCCGGAGGAGUCUCGCGUGGACGGGCCGGACGCGAACAUCGUUUGA